CAGAUUUGAAAUUCCUCUUAUUCUCAAAGCAAAAUAUUAUAAAAAUUAAACAUUUUAUUAUGGAUUUCAGUUUUCUAAGUUACCACGAUUAUUAGACGACUAACCCUGUUCGCUCUCCUCUCUCUCUGCAUUUUCCGUACACAACAAGUUGUUUGGGAGAAAAAAGUGUGCGUUUCUCUCACACUCUGGAUGGAUGCGUGCAGACUGCAGCCCUACAACUCAACGCACCAGCCGACGUAUAGACAGUCACUAAUGUAACGUCUCUCCGUGCGCGUGAGCUUGCGUUCGAGUUGUGUUCCGGCGUCAGGUUUCGAAAGCAUUCCGAAACGAGUCUUUCGUUGCCAAUGUUUACGCGUGCACCGCAAAGUGCGUUCCGUGUUUAAUCGUAUCGUUCAUCUGCUGCAGAUUAUUGUGUUGUGAGAAAAAAAAGGUUUACGAUAAAACAAUUUGCUGUGAUGUGAUGAUCAUUUUUGCGAUGAUUGCAAACAAAAAUGGAAUCGCAAUGUUGUGCUUUUUGUCGUGAAAAAAUAUGAAAAAAAAGUUAGUGUGAUUUUGUGCAGACGUGUGGAAAGUGUUCAUAAUAGUGUCGUGUUUUAUGUGUGAGUUCGGUGAAAAUCUGCUUUAUCACAGAAUAGAUUUCAACAAAAGCAUACACACAGUAAAGCAGUGAUCGUUUACCUUUUCCCAAAGAAGCAAUUCCAUGUCAACGUCGUUAACUGUUCAACUGGAGAUCUACCGGUCAUAAUUUGAUCAAUUACCCAACAUCAAAAAUUGCAUACAUUCAAAAUCUUCGACAUUUUGGAAAGUUCCGGCUGUAUAGUUUCUCUGUUUUCGCUACGAUUUUGAUCUCGGAACGAGCGUCUUCAGGGUUUGUAUUUACAUCCACUCCCGCGUGUUCAGGUCAGCAGUUGCACGCUGAAAAUCGGUGAUGAUGUGUUAAGUGUUGCCCGUGUGCGUGCGUAGAAAAAAACCCCUCGAAGCGUGCAAAGAAGCGAAAAAGAAGUGCAGUGAGUGGAGGCAAAAUUAAGGUAAGAAAAUACAAAACCAAACCCCGAAAAAACGUGUACGAAAGUGAAGCAAAGCAAGAUCACGCAAUAGACCGGUGGUAACGCCCGGAGGAGAAGCAGAAAGAAAAGCGCUUAUAACGAGCGACUGUGGUGAAGAAAAGAUACGAAAAAUAGGAGCAAACGCAUAUCGAAAAACAGCAUAAGAAUACUUGUGGAUAGUGUAGCUGAAAGCGGGAAAAGUAGCAGGAAACGGCCAACAAGGAAAAGAGUUUAAAAACCCCACAACCAGAAGCAGAAUGACGAAUUUAUGUGUUUACGUUGGAUUACUGCUGUCCCUGCUGGUGGCGGCCGGCGAGGCUCAUCUAAAUCUGUUUCUCAACGUGAUCGAAGUCCAGAGAUUGCUAGGACUAUCGGCCGAAAUAUAUUACGUGCGUGAGGGACAGGUGAAUGCAUACGCACUACACUUUACCGUCCCGGUUCCAGCCGAUGUGGAGGAGAUCUCGUUCACCUGGCAAAGUCUAGCCGAACGACCGCUGCCCUACCGGAUUAACAUUGAUUCGCCUGAUUCGGUCGCAUUGCCGAAACCAUCGAUGAACAUAUCCUGGCAGGGUGAUAUACCCGAGCACAUCGAAACAUUCGCCAUUGGGUUGCGCUGCAGCGGCCAAAAGUCGGCGGAGGUGGACGUAACGAUUACGAUCGAGAUAACGCUCGAUCGUACGACGGGAAAUACAACCGAGUUGCUGUUCCGCCGGAAAAAGAUCUGCUUAAUGAGUGAACAUCCGGACGCUAAUCAACCUGAUCCUUACCUGCUGGAGAAUGCAUCCAACGGUCAAAACGGACUGAUCACGAUCAUCAUCGGGGGCAUUCUGGCGAUCCUGUUCGUGUCGAUCUUCAUCAUGAUCGCGUACUGUGUUCGUGGUUCGUUUAAUAGAAAACCGCACCACGCACAACCCAUCCGUACGUCAAGCUUCCAGCGUCUUCAGACACACGCCCCGUCAGCACCGUCCUCGAUCGUGUCACCCCCUUCGAUUGCUCCUACUAUAGCGACACUUUCGCGUAACCGGAUCUACGCCAAUGCCGAACCCGAAGAGCUGCAGCGCCGUAUCUCCGAGCUUACCGUGCAGAGAUGUCGCGUACGACUGUCCAGUCUGCUGCAAGAGGGCACAUUUGGACGGGUGUAUCGUGGAAGUUACAACGACAGCCAGGAAGUGUUGGUAAAGACGGUCGGUCCACAUGCGUCCCAGGUGCAGGUAUCGCUGCUGCUGCACGAAGGUAUGAGUCUGUACGGUGCCCAACAUCCUGGCAUUCUGUCCGUGUUGGGUGUCUCGAUCGACGACCAUACGGCACCGUUUCUGCUCUAUCUGGCGCCGGAAAAUACGCGCAAUUUAAAGAUCUUCCUUCAGGAACCGGUCGCACGCACUCUGACUACGAUACAGAUCGUUAAGAUUCAGCUACAGCUCGCACAAGCACUUGGCCAUCUGCACAGUCAUGGUGUAAUCCACAAGGAUAUUGCUGCACGAAAUUGCGUAAUCGACGAUCAGUUGCGAGUGAAGCUGGCAGAUAACUCACUGUCUCGAGAUCUCUUCCCCGGGGACUAUUACUGUCUCGGGGAUAGUGAAAAUCGGCCGAUCAAAUGGCUAGCGCUAGAGUCCAUCCAAUUUAAGCAGUUCAGUGAAGCUUCCGACACUUGGGCAUUUGGUGUUCUGAUGUGGGAACUGUGCACACUCGCCCGACAACCUUACGCGGAGGUCGAUCCAUUCGAGAUGGAGCACUAUUUGCGCGAUGGUUACCGGUUAUCACAGCCCAUCAACUGUCCAGAUGAGCUGUUCGCAAUAAUGGCCUACUGCUGGACGAUGCUACCGAUGGAGCGGCCCUCGUUCGAGCAGCUGCAAAUCUGUCUGCAGGACUUUUACGCCCAGCUGACACGCUACGUCUAGGGAUUGCCG